AUGCCAUUUGAAUCUGAAAUUCUUUCAGGAGAGCGUUUACUAAAAUUGCGUCGACAACGAGGUGUUGAUGAGACGUCGGCCGAGUCGUUUCCUGUUAUUUGGUGUAUCGCAGCAAAGCAAUACAUCGCAGUUUGUGGCUGCGCAGAUGGCUCUGUGGAGGUUGCUUGUUUGGAAAGGAAUAAACUCAUCGGUGUCUAUCAACAGUCCCGAAUAGGAAUCGUCCAUGUGCUUUAUGUUGGCUCACGUGUGGUGGUGGCUCGACUGGACGGUUCUAUAGAGUUCUUGGAGCUUUCACUGACAACGGAAAGGCCUACUCGAGUGAAGUCGAUCAUGGUUCUCAACGUGAUUCGCGCUCAUCAAAAACCGAUUUCUUACUUGGGAGCUUCGUCACUGACAGCAGUGUCUGCCAGCUACGACCAUACACUCAAGGUGUUCGACUUACGCACCUGUCAACUACAGUCGAUGCUGCAUGCUCACAGCGGUCCGGUGACAGCCGUGUGCAUCGACCAUUCGACAAGUAUAUUGUUUUCUGCUUGUGAGCAAGGAAUAAUCUGUUGGUGGAAUCUAACAACCGGAGAACUUCUUCGCUCUCUCGAUGUCAAGUGUACAGGAAAGGUACAGCUAGCGUGUACGACAGACUAUCUGCUAGGUUACACAUCUGAAGGCGAUUUCAUUUUGUGGAACAAAUCCGAUGGCAAUCUACUCAGCCGAAUCGCUCAACAUCAUAUUAAGAAGGAUGCAGUGUUGAUUGCAAGAGGCCUUGUUGCAUUAGGUGACGAGAUGGCGGUGACGUCGUCCGAAUUCACGCUGACAUUUUGGGAUUUGGAGCAUAAAGCAAUCAUACGACAGGUAAUCCUUACUUCAUAUGUUACCGUUAAUGUCCAGAUCGAUUAG